AUGAGCUACAACGGUAAUCUGGGGUUUGAUAGUCUGCAUCAACACUCAAAGAACAUCCCGAGACCUACUUCGUCGGGCCAGAUUCUCGAUCAAAAUGCAAGAAUAAAUGGAAAUGCAGAUCCCGCCAGACAACUUUACUCGUCCAACAAUCAGCAAGCUUACUAUUCAAACUACGCCACGUAUGGGUUUUCUCAAGGACAGCCUCAAAUGUCUUAUAACGCUUAUCACCCAUACCAUAAUAAUCCAAUGCAGCAGCAGCGUUCACAGGCAUUUUAUGGAGCUCCUCCAUAUUACAAUCAGCCGGCGCCGGCGCCGGCGCCAUAUUUCCACGGGCUUCAAGGACAUCAGCGUGAGCAGACUCCAUUUUUCAAUGCGCAGGUCAGUUACUCGACGGGUCAUAACGAAACUCCUAAGAACGAUCAUACUGAUGAGGAAAAUCGUUUGGAAAUGAAGGCCCCAGAAAAGACAAACAUUGACACCAAAGAAACGGUGGCAGAUUGUUUGUCGCAGAAGAAGAAAGAGGAGACGGAAAAGAAAUCGGUCGCCAUUCAAGGCACAUCCAUCACGUUAGAGUCGGAACAUGACAUCAAGCAAUGGAGAGAAGAGCGUCGAAAGAUGUGGCUUGUCAAAAUUUCAAAUCAACGAGAAAAGCAUAAGGCAGAUCUUGGAGUCGAAGAAGUGGAGCCCAAUAACAAUCUCUCUUUUCAAAGUGCUAGGAAAGACAAGCAAUUCAUUCAAAACAUUCAGAAUCAAAUUAGCAGGUACAAUCCCAGUCCCAAUUUGAGUCUGAACUUGGUGCAAAGAACCAUGGCAGAAGAGAAUACAAGUCUUCUCAAUUUCAUCAAAGAGCUGGGGGAUGCAAAAUUGCUGGAAUACGAAUUAAACGAAGAGGAGAAGGAGAAGCUGUUUGGAAGCGGCAGAAGAGGCAGAAAUAAGGUUGACCAUAACAAUAAUUAUAAUGAUAAUAAUACGAAUAAACGGACUGCAAAUUCUCGACAUGGUCCUUCUCGUUACGAAGGAAAUACCAAAAGGCAGCGCGUACAAGAACACAAUAAAGGAAACUAA